AGAAAAGAAGAAGAAAGGAAAGCUACCGCUGAUCUUCGCUCAGGAACUCACAGCCUCCUUCUCUCCUUUAUCGGUUUGAUACUUGGAUUGAUAAGAUCCUCUCUGGUGAAAAGGUCUGCGAUCUAUUCCUCAGCUCACAAUGAUCACCAGGAGAAGGAGCCGUGCCACGGAGACGCCGUCUGAGGUGGAAGUGAUGGAAGAGGUGGAAAUGGGGCCAGAUGUGCUCUGCCCAUCCGAAGCAGCUGCUGCUGAUCAUCCGGAUCCUGCAGGGAUCCAGCUGGAAGACCUGUUUGAAGAUCUGAGAUGGUCUCUAGAAAAGGACGCUUCCUCCCCCCUGUUUGGCAUUGACCUUACGGAUCUAGAAGCAUAUGAUGUCACCAACUCUGGGUUCGACAGCUCGUCCUGCACGUCUCCAGAGAGAAGGUCAUCCGGUUCCAGGAUGAAACACCGACAGAACCAGGCCAGCCACGUCAUCAACAAGAACGCCAUCGCUGCCAGGAUGAAUCGCCUGAAAAAGAAGGAAUAUGUCAGCAGCCUGGAGAAGCAAGUCGGCCUCCUUUCGACGGAGAACACGGCGCUCAAACAGGAGAACUGUGAGCUAACUAAGCGAGUGGAAGAGUUGGAAGAUGAAAGCAGGUAUCUGAGGGCUGUGCUGGCCAAUGAGAGCAUGUUAGCCCAACUCUUGUCCAGACUGAGCGGUGUGAAUGGGAUGAAAUUAUCUUCCUCGCUUUUCCAGGGGCCUCUCUCUAACGACCAUGAUUAUGCGUUGCCCAGGAAACGGGUGAAAGUGGAGGAGAAGGAGGCGUCUGCUGGCGUGUGCCUGCAUGUGGACAAGAACCACGUGUCAGUGGAGUUCUGCACUAAGUGUGCAGCGAGCGCAAGCGCCUCGCUCCAAAUGUAGGGUCAAGUACUUGUUUUCUCAUAUUGAGACUGUGCAGAACCUAAUGGAGGAAGAUUAGAGCCGCCUCACAGCUGCAGAAUGUGCAUGUCUGAUGAUAUGAUGAUGGCACCUUACUGCUAAACCUUGUUGACAGUUUCUUCUAGGUUGUGGUUGCUCCACCAUGGGGGAUGAGUGGCUUUCUGAUCACCUUCUCCUGCUUGGCGCCAUGUUCUGGCGAUGGGAGAUGAAGAAGCUGGACACGCAGCUGCAACGUGGCCCUGUAUUUUUUUAAAGGUAGUAUCGGUAACAAAUGGUAUCUGUAAUCCAACCAUCACCUCAUUCUACUUGUGUAGCUCUGGAUGGUAUCUGCAGAGCUUCAGCUCUCUGAGCACCUCCCUUCAUUCUGUUAUAUUGUACUUAAAAAAAUGAAACUGACAUAACAGCUAAGUUUAAUUUCAUUAUAAAUCUUUUUUCUUUUGGUGAAAAUGCUCUGAGAAAUGUUGGACAAAUAAAUCUCAUCUUCUUUGUAAAAUACCAAAUAUCUAGUGAGUCUGGUUGUUUGCUGUUGAUAUUAAUGCAUCUCUUUUCUCUUUCUGAACAGCAAGCUCUGCCCCUAAAGGUCUUAACUUUCCCUGAACUUUGGGUCCAGUCUGGUAAAGGUUGUCAGAACAAAUAAAGGAUGAAAGGUUGAUUUCUAUGGCAAGGGAACGGUUAACAGGAAUCUAUUUCUGCCACCAACUCCUCGGCAAAGAGAGGUGCUGAAAUGCAUCUUAGUUCAAACUUUGAUCCAGAUGCAGGAAAAUCCAGCUGUUAAAUAUAAAGACUCGAAUGUUAGAGGAAAACAUCAGGCGGUCGAAUGCUCUGACUAAAGAUGGCGGCAGCAGCCGGCCACCUGCUGCUGGUUCCACUUCAAUCUGGUGGUGUUAAUGCAUCUGACCUAAAAUGUUAGAUCCUGUUUUUCUC